AUGGCUGAACUCGAAGGCCGAUUAUAUUACGGACGAACCUCAGGAAAAUCAGAUACCAAACAUAUUCAUAGAACAAAAGAAAUUGAUAACAAUGGUCAACAAGAAGCAGAUUCUCAUAAGCUUGGCACAUUUGAGGGUGUUUUUAUCCCUACAACUUUAAAUGUCCUUUCUAUUCUAAUGUUCUUGAGAUUUGGCUUUAUUCUAUGUCAAGCUGGAAUUUUGGGAAUGUUUGGGUUAUUAUUAAUUUCAUAUUGUAUUGAUCUUCUCACAACUCUUUCGGUAUCUGCAAUUGCCACCAACGGCACAGUUAAAGGAGGUGGUGCUUACUAUAUGAUCAGUAGAUCGUUGGGUCCAGAAUUUGGCGGAAGCAUUGGAUUAGUUUUUUACAUUGGUCAAGUAUUAAAUGCUGGUAUGAAUGUUGUCGGUUUCUGCGAGCCCAUGUUGAUAAACUUUGGAGCUGAGAAUGGUCUCACGGCAAAAAUUCUUCCCGAAGGAAGAUAUUGGAUGUUGUUUUAUUCCACCAUUCUUUUAUUAUUUUGUUCUGGAAUUUCUUUAAAACAAGCGUUAUUUGCAAAGGCUGGUAAAAUUUUGUUUGUUGUUUUAAUUUUCAGUACUUUUACUGUUCCUAUUUCUGCAUUUUUUGUUAAACCAUUUGUUGAUGCAAAAUUUGGAUCAUAUACAGGGUUUUCUUUGAGCACAAUAAAGGAAAAUCUUUUCCCAUUAUUUAAGGCUGUACCAGGUGAAGGAAUAAUGAAUUUCCGUCUUCUUUUUGGAAUUUUUUUCCCUUCCACAGCCGGAAUUUUUGCUGGUGCUUCGAUGUCCGGUGAUUUAAAGAAACCGUCAGUUAGCAUCCCAGAAGGAACACUAAGGGGACUUUUAUUAACUUUUAUAUCAUAUUCAUUGGUUAUCAUUACUAUGGGAUCUUGCAUUUCUCGUGAUAUGCUUUUUCGGGAUGUCCAGGUUCUUCAAGAUGUGAACAUAAACAAAUAUUUCAUUAUUAUGGGAGAGUUUUCAACAUCUUUGUUUUCGGCAAUUGUCGGCAUCAUUGGAUCUGCCAAACAACUUCAAGCAGUUGCUCGUGACGAAGUUCUUCCUUUCACAUCAAUUUUUGCAACUGGGACUCCCGGAACAGAUGAUCCAAUUGCAGCCGUAAUAUUUACUUAUGCGUUAGCACAGGUCAUUAUAUUUUUUGACGUGAAUCAAAUUGCGACAUUUAUUACAAUGGCAUUUCUUAUGACUUUUAUUGUGACGAACUUGGCUUGCUUUUUAUUGAGAAUUGCAAGUGCACCGAACUUUCGCCCAUCGUUUCGAUAUUUCAACUCUUUCACUGCUGCUGCAGGUGCAGGUGCAUCUAUUGCAGCCAUGUUUGUCGCUGACGGUGUUUCGGCCUCCCUUAUGAUUUUGGUGCUGAUUGGGCUUUUUAUUACCAUUCAUUAUAUUUCACCUCCAAAACCUUGGGGGGAUGUUUCUCAGAGUUUAAUUUAUCACCAAGUACGAAAAUACCUUUUGCGUCUUCGACAAGACCAUGUUAAAUUUUGGCGGCCCCAAAUUCUUUUGUUAGUUGAUGAUCCUAGAUCAGCUUGGAAUUUAAUAGCAUUUUGCAACAACCUUAAAAAGGGUGGGCUUUACAUUUUAGGUCAUGUCCUUGUCACUAAAGACUUUCAACAGUCUUUUGAUGAGAUAAAAAAGCAGCAAAAUGCUUGGAUCCAAUUGCGUGAUCUUAGUAAAGUAAAGGCUUUUGUUCAAAUUGGUGCGGGCCCUGAUGUGGUUUGGGGUGCUCGUAACGUAUAUCUAGGAUCUGGGUUAGGAGGGAUGAAACCAAACAUUACUGUAUUAGGAUUUUUUGAGAGACGUUCCACUCCUGGUUCAGAAAAUUCCAAAACUGUUAUUCCAUAUGAUACUCUUCCCACUGAUAACUGUCGUCAAGAAAGCUCUAUUACUGUUUCACAAUGGGUUAAUAUAAUUGAAGAUUUGCUUAUUAUGCGAGCAAAUGUUGCAAUCGCUAAAGGUUUUCAUAACCUAGAGCUUCCAUUUACCAAAAAAUCUAAUGGAAAAAAAUUUGUACCAACGAAAAAGUACAUUGAUUUGUAUCCUAUUCAAAUGUCUGCUCAUAUUAUUGAUGAAAAUGGGGAAACAAGUGCAUUGACAACUAAUUUCGAUACGUAUACUCUUAUUUUACAAAUGGGCGCUAUUUUGAACACAGUUCCUGCAUGGAAGCAAAGUUAUGAAUUGCGCGUUAUUGUGUUUGUUGAAUUUGAGGAAGACGUUGAAGAAGAAAGGUCUCGUAUUAAUGUAUUACUUGAACGUCUUCGAAUCAAAGCUCAAGUAUUAGUGAAGUGUUUAAGUUCAGGAGAAUUUGAAGCUUAUGAAAUAAUUGUUCGGGGUAGACAUGAUGAUAAAGGAAAUAUUGAAGAGGUCCUUUCUAAGUUAGAGUGGUGGCAAGAGCUUCAGGAAGCUCGUCAAGAAUAUGAAAUGACUUAUGGAGUCAAUGGCGAUUUAAGCAGACUUGGUGCAAUUCCCGCUAACCGAAUCGACGGUAUUGUAAACGAUAAUGGCUCUGCUGUACCUCAACAAAUUAGUGGAACCCCUUCUUCUCCCGUUCCAUUUUCUAAGAUUCUUGGGCAACGCCAGCGAAGACAUACCAUUUCUUCUUUACAACAGAUGGGAAUUUCGUUUAGUAUGCAUACAAAUAAACUUUUGAAAUCUCAGGUGAAACAUGCAACAGAUUUUUUCCGCGAUGAGGUUGAUGGAUAUUCUUCUGACUCCGAUUCAGUUGUGAUCACAGAUACUGGCUCUCUUUCUAGCUCUAUGAAAGAUUUUCUUGAAGCGAAUAAUAACAAAAGUCCUAGUCGCCGUGGUUCUAAAUCUGCUUCUUCGAUUUUAGAUAACGGACAAGGGUCUACUCUGAAUGAUAGAUUUCCCAAAGGAGUUAAACGAUCAAGUUCAGUAGUUGGCUCUAAUAACUUUAAACCUGAUAAAACUGACACUAAUGGGGUGCCUUCUGCAAGUACUUCUGUUGGUGCUGUAUCCUCUUUAUCAUCAGGUAUUGCAGCUACCAAUACACUGAACAGAGAAGGCUAUGGCUCUGGCUCAGGUUACACCUCAGAUGCCUCUGUAUCUCGAUCUGGUACUAGUACUCCUAGUCUCAGUACCAAUAACAGCAGAAAAAGUAAGAGUAGACCAAAUUUUACUGGAUUGGCAAUCCCCCAUACUACUGUGGAAGAGCUUGACGAUGGACGCCCUACUAUCAUGUUUGAUAAGAGUUCGGAACGGAAGAAAAAGCAUGAAAAGCGAAAUGUUACGUUUGAAGCACCACCAAAAGAAACGUCGCCUCUUGUUUCAGCUCCAAGUAGCUCAUACAACAGCGUUACACCAUAUGAUAGGGGCGAAGCAAUUCAACAAGAAGAGGCCACAAUAGGAAUAGAUGAAAACGAGGUACCAAACGAAGAUGCGGAAGAUGACGAUGACGAUGACGAUGAAGAUGAGGACGAAGCCACUUACUUGUCAUUUAAUCACCUCCCAGCUAACGCUCAACAUUUGAUUUUGAAUAAUCUUAUGAAGGAAACAUCAAAUGACACAGCGGUUAUCUUUUCUACUUUGCCUGCGCCUUCUUUAGGUACACAUUUAAAUGAUGAAGAUUCUAAUCAGUAUAUUGAAUCUUUGGAAAUUUGGUGCAAGGAUCUUCCACCAAUUCUUCUUCUUCAUUCCCAGACUAUUACAGUCACAACUGCAUUAUAA